AUGCAGCAGGUGGGGUUGGGUGUCGGCAUCACUGCGGUCGCCUUCGAGACGGGUCGCCUCGUGAAGGAGAUUGGCAAGAUGAUUAGAGAUUUCCGCGGCAACCGGGCUCGAGACCGCUGCGCGAAGCUCCAGGUCGAGGCCGAAAAGCUCAAUAGACUGCUCCACAUCAUGCCAGGGGCUGUGAACAACUCGGUCGGUAUCGCCAACGAGGCCCAGUCCUGCAUGGCGGACAUCAAAGACUACACGGACCGCAUGGCUAACAGCGGCAUGCUCGACGACGCAGUGGAAGUUUGGUGGCAGAGGAGAUACGACAUCAUUCUCGCCCGGACUAGACGGGUAAGUGAGGCUCUCACGGUCGGGCUGUUAGCACGAACAGACUUCAAUCCCCUGGGCCGGCUCGGGACGGAUGGCAGGGUACGCCCAGUCUCGCCCAUCACCAUCGCAGAUCCGACCGUCAUAACAUUCGAUGAUGCGCGCUCGACAGGGUACGGCAUCAUUGAGGGCCACGGCCAUGUCGUCUUCCGCCGGCUCAAGGACAGCCAAUACAGCCUGGAAGCGCUUGACCUGUACCAGCGGCUCCAAGAGCGCAGCUACGUGCAGCAACUACGGGGGCUCACCGAGGUCGAGGGCCAGGUCUACGUCGUCAUGCAAGACUGCUCGUCGCACAAAACCCUCAACAAGUUGUGUGCCGAGGAGAAGUUGCCGCUCGACCUGCCGUCGAGGAUCGAGAUCGCCUGGCACCUCGCCAGGACGUUCGCCUGGCACCACCGCUCCUACAUACUCGUCAAGGCCGCGAGCGACGAAUCCAUAUUCAUGAAGCGCGCGAACCAGACCUUUAUACCCAUUUUAACCGGUCUCGAGCACAUGCGUAGCCUUUACGAGCUAUCAACCGGCUUGAGAUUUGACUGUAGAUAUGAGGCCCCCGAGUAUGACACCAAGGAGACGGAGCAUACGCUAUACACGGAUAGAUGGUGCCUUGGGAUCCUAGUCUGGCAGGUCAUCUGCGAACGCUUCCCUCAUGGGAUAAAAUAUCCCGUCGAUUUCGAUAACCAGGAUGACACUCAGAAAAUUCGUGAUCGCCUCAAAAAAAACAUAGAACCGGGUGAAUUCCCGGCAGGGCCAGCCCUGCCGUCUGAACUCGUCAGUGAGCUGAGAGCGUGCUGGAACACCAAUCCUGAGGAGCGCCCGACGCCUACGAGGGUAGCAAGCGUGCUCUCUGACACCCUUUUGCGCCUGAAACGAAACCGCGACGAGCUGCUUGCCCUAACGCAGCAACCCGAUCCAGAUAUGCUAGGGGAGGGAUCAUCUGAAGCCGCAAGGAGACAGGUCGCGUCGCGCGUGAAUCAGGAAAGGAAAGCUCAUUCCGCCAGAGAGAAGCAGGAGAGAAAAGCCAGGCGCAAGAAGAAGAAUAAGUUAAAAGACAACAGACAGCCAAAUGGCAAGGAGAAAAUACCCGCGGACAUCAUCAAACCGCUACUCCGGGCAACAGAUGCCGAGUGCGCAUAUCUCGUCGGCGCUAGUAUCUGGUGGGACCUGCUCGAUGAGAAGACACUUAAACUCCUAGCCAGCUCCCGCGUCUCCGACUACCUAACCACGACCACCAGCGGUCAGAGAGCAGAGUUAUCCUUGACCUUCCUCCACCAGGCUGUGCGGGGCGGAUGCGUGGAUGGAUAUUUGGAGAUGCACAAGGCGUACGCGCUCUUGUCGGAACUGUGCAUGGAGAAUCACACGAAGGCACUUGAGGCAAAAGGUUCCCAGUCUGCCGACCUCACAGACUAA